AUGGCCUUGGCACGAACUUUUAAACUUAAUACGGGCGUGUUAAUUCCUGCUAUUGGAUUGGGAGUACCACCGGUGUCAAGAGCAAAAGAUCGCAGAAUUCCGCCUUCUUCUGUGCAAUACACAGUGCAAAAGUUUUUAAAACUUGGAUAUCGUCAUGUUGACACCGCACAAUUUAAUACAAACGAUGUGCCUCUGGGACAAGGAAUCCGCGCGUCAAAAGUUAAACGCGAAGAUAUCUUUUUAACACAAAAGUUAUGGAAUAAUCAACAUCAACCAGAAUUAGUAAAGAAAUCUUGUGAAGGCUCAUUGGAGCGUAGUAGAGUGAAAUAUUUUGAUUUAUACUUGAUGCACUGGCCUAUAGCACUCAAGGAUACAAGAAAAAAGGCUUCGGAAGCCAUAGAGAAUCCGGACAAGAAAUCUUCAGAAGCCAAAGAGAACCCGGACAAGAAAGCUUCGGAAGCCAAAGAGAACCCGGGCAAGAAAUCUUCGGAAGCCAAAGAGAACCCGGACAAGAAACCUCCAAAAUACAGAAAUCCGGUUGAAAUAGAUGAUUCUAUUGAUUUCGUAGAGACUUAUCUCGCAAUGGAACCGUUGGUAGAGUCUGGGAAAGUCAAGGCUAUUGGUGUUGCAAAUUUUGGAAUAAAACGAUUAGAAAAGUUGUUGGAAAAGGCGAAAAUUCCACCGGCUGUAAAUCAAGUUGAAAUGCAUCCAUAUCUUCCUCAAAACGAUCUCUUGGAAUUCUGUAAAUCAAAAAACAUUCAUGUAACUGCAUAUUUACCUUUUGGUGUUGCUAGUUCACCAUUAAGAACCGAUGAGGUCAUCAGGAAAAUCGCAGAUAAAAACGGAAAAACCAAACAGCAAAUUCUCGCCUCAUGGGCUGUACAACGUGGCACCUCAGUUAUCACGGAAGGAACAUCAGUUAAAAUUGUGGAAAAAGUUUUUCAAGAUUUUGUGCUUCCCGACGACGAUUUCCAAGAGAUAAAUGAGUUGAGCAAAACGAAACAAGAAAGAUAUAUCACUCGUGAAGAUUGGAACUUCGAAUGGGAUUAG